UGUGGCGUAUGGGGUGCUCUUAUUCUCAUAUUUGCUAGAGCCGCCGGUGACAUCUUCAGACCAUGAGCAACAGUCCUGCUUCGAGUGCAAGCUCUGCUACCGCCUAUGGAGAUGAGUUUUAUCAAUUGCCCCAAAUAUGUCCUCCACCCACGCAAAAAGCCGUAGUGACUUUUCAAGUUACCUCAACUUUAAAUCUUGCCGUCGCGACAAUACCGGUUCGGCAGCCACUCCCGACCGAAAUUAUUGUUCGAGUGUGCUACAGUGGGAUCUGUCGCAGUGACGCCACUUUCUCGAAAGGACCCCUUCCAGGAUAUCCAAGCGUGGAUCAUAUUGCAGGUCACGAAGGAAUCGGGCAGAUUGUCAAGGCUUGUGAUUCUGGGUUGUUGGGCCGCUUUGUCGGUUUGAGAUAUCUUGGUUCAACCUGCAGGCACUGCGAGUACUGCCUUGCCUGUAUACCGACGUCCUGCCCACAUCAGAAGAACGCGCCAAAACAGCUAUCAGGCUGCUUUCAGGAGUAUCUGACGGUCGAGACCAAGAGUGUGCUGUUGAUACCGGACGAAAUAAUCAGUAGGGUUAAACAGCCCGAAAUCUUGUGUGGCGCCUUAUGCUCUGGGGCCGCGGCUUUGAUGGCUCUGCGAGCGGCAAACUUGGCGAUCAACAAAGUGGUCGUCGUCAUCGGAGUGGCUGGUAGUAUUGGGAACUACACUGCAAGCAUGGCUAAGAGAAUUUUCGGCGCCCAAGUCAUAGGCGUCGAUGUCGCAUGGAAGGUGGAGGAGCUACGCAGACGUGGCUUCAAUGACUACGCCGACAUACUACUGGCGGGGCCAUCAGACGAAGGAGAUACCAACGCAAGUAAUUUACUCAAGAAUGAAAUUCUUAGGGCCUGCGGGAAGUUGCGACACCAACAUGCCAUGACCAGGGCGGCUGACGCUGUCAUUGUUACUGCCAGCUCGGCGGCUGCGUUCCAAAGAGUGGAAUCAUACGUGUGCGAUGGAGGCUGGAUCGUUUGUUCUGGCGUGCCCUACGGCAUGCAACUGUCUAUUUCAAUCCACGAUCUAGUGGAGAGAAACAUCCAUGUCACGGGUUCUCUCAUGGGAGGGCCAUCGAUUUCCCUGGAGGUAAUGAGAUACAUCUGCAAUGGCCAAAUCCUUCCAAUGACAUCUUUCGUAUCCUUGGAAGAGAUUCCCGAGCAACUAGAAUUGAUUGUCGAGGGUAAAACAUUUGGCAAGGUAAUUGCGAAGAUCCAAGAGCCGAUCGACGCACCUUUUAUGAAACAAAGAUAA